CAUUAUGGGAAAGUGCUGUGAAAAAUGUACUUCAGCAGUAUUGUGUUUAUUCCCUUUUUGUGUUAAUUUAGGUUUAUUAUCUCUAAGGUCUGUAAUGAUAAAUUUAAUUUCACGAUAGUCAUCUUUUCAGUAUGAAAAAAAUAUAAAUGAUUAUUUUAGAAAACAUUCUAAUGGGAGAGACUCAUUUAUUCUAUGAAAAUUUCCAGACUAUUUAGAUGCAUGACUCUUGUUGGCAUAUUUUUAAACUUACUCCCCAUUGAAGAGCUGUUCAUAGCAUAAUAGUUUUGAGAAUUUUUUGCAAUUAUUGGAAACACCUUGGAAAGUCACAAAACCAGACUUGGAAACCCCUUGAGUUCUUAACAUAUUAAAGCUAGAAGGAAUCUCUCAAAUAUCUUGUAUAGUCUCCUUAUUUGACUUGGCCAGCACCGUAAUCCAAGCUAUGUUCAUUUCUCAACUUGAACUACUUGCUACACUAGCCCCCUUUUUGGCUCUUAACACUCUGGCUCCCACUAUUGUAACAGCCAGAGUGGUAUUUUCAAAAUGCAAAUCUAAUUGUCACUUCUCUACUUUAAACUCUUUAAUGGCUUUCCAUUACUCUUAGAAUAUGAACUCAAAUCCUCACUCCUUCCUACAAGGCCCUCCUACCUCUCUAGCUUUUUUCUUACCAUCCUCUCUGCCUAGCCCCUCACUCAAACAGUGCUUCAGCUCUCCAGAUCUUCCUAAGGGAAGGAGUUGGCAGACUUUUUCUCUAAAGAGCCAGUUAGUAAAUAUUUUAGGCCUGGGGUCCACACCUGGUCUCUAUUGCCACUUUGUAGCAGUUUAGUCUGCUUUAUAGUGUGAAAGCAGCCAUAGACUUUUCAUAUGUCAUGAGAUAUUCUUCUUUUGAUUUUUUCCAACCAUUUAAAAUAGUGAAAACCAUUUGUAGCUCACAGACCAUACAUCCACAGGCUGUGGGCUGGAUUUGGCCUUUGGGCUGUACUUUGCCAUUUCUUGCCUUAGAUAUUUGAAAGCACCAACCUUGCGCUGACUUCUCACCAUUUUCCAGAGCCAAGGUCCUACUCCAAUCUCUGCUUCUUGAAACCAGCCUUUCUUUGGUUCAGCUCAAAAUGGACUGCUGAUUGUUCUAAAUAUAAGUACACUGUCCUUAUGUUACAUUUCUGUAACACUUGUUUGUACCAUUUAUUUGGUGUUUAUCAUCACUUUUAUUUUUAUUAUAACUCAUAAGUUCUUGAGUGCGGAAGUUAUAUUUUGUACGUAAUAUAUUGGUGUUGUUAAUAGGUUAAUUUUGAGUAUACUAGUAAUAUGAGUAAUAUGCUAAAUAUUUUUUGACAAGAAAUUCUUUUAUCCAAUAAAGACUAAAUAUGCUGUAUAUUUUGUAAAUGAGAAUCUAUGUGCAGUAAAACAAUGUGUACAAUGGAAACAUGGCUCUACACGAGCCUGAAUUUGACAUAUCUGAGCUAAUAUGGUAAGCAUUAGUAUUAAAUAUCUAAUUAUUAACAUUUAGAAGGACAGUUUGAAAGUGGCUUUUGUCUAGGGAACUUUUGGAGUAAUAGUUUAUUUUUCUCAGUGAAUUUUCUUGUAGAUGCACUGAUAUCAGUAUCAUAUGUUGGAUCACACCUUUUUCUAAAAUAAUCAUAGUAACUGCUAAAUAUUUGAAGGGCAGCUUUGGACAAAACUUCUUGACUCUGUCCUAUUGUUAAUCCCUAUCUACCUCUUCGUCAACCUAUCUCCAAACCUACAAAGAUAACUUUGAAGGACAUUCAUUGAUUAAUUCAUUCAAAAGAUGCUUAUUUAAUUCAGUGUAUAUAGUGUGUGCUAGGUACUGUGUUAGGUAUUUCAAAAACUAGCUCUUUUGCCUAGUGCUGUUGAUUGGGUGAUUAUAUGAGGCUGUUUAACUACUAGUUAUUGGUGUAAUCUUUGCUCAUCAUUCCCUUGUUUUACCUGGGAUUCUGCUCACUUAAAGACUUGCUGCAGGAAUCAAGUACUAAAUAAGGCAUUGAGUAAGUGUUAACAGGUAUUACUUAGGUCAUGUUGAACUGAGAUAAAUGAUACAAAGAAAGACUUUGAAAUUUAUGGAGUACUUGUGUUCUGCUUCAUUUUAAUAAGCAGCAAUAUAAUAAGGAAUCUCUGAAAGGAUACACAAGAAACCGAUAAAAUGCUUAUGGAUAGGAAACUAGAUUGAUGAUGAUGGAAAGGGUGAGAACCAGAUUUUUGACUAGUAACUUUAAGAUUGUUUGAUUUUUUGCGAUUGUAUCACCUGGUCAAAAUUUUUUAAAAUAAGAGUAUUUUUAGAAAGUGCGUAAUUGAGUUAAAGGAAAAAGCGUGGAAAAUUGUCCUUUUUAUCAGCUGUGUAGUCCUGUAGGCUUGGGUUAUAUAGCCAGCAUCUUUCCCCAAAUGGCAACUAAAUCUUGGAAAUAGCUGUACUAUCCAAAGAGUUUUCCGAGUACUAUUUUUGUAUACCCAAACUUGCAAAAGUUACUUAGUGUUAUGGUGCCAUAUUAUUGUCCAUGUAGUUUUAAGGGUUGCUUAAAAUUGUUUAUGAAGGACAGAGUAAGUUACUGUUCUUAACUCAACCCUGCUGUUUGUUUUUAUGUUGAAGUCUAAGUAUUCUUUCCCUGUUUAUCUUAUUGAGAUCUUACUUGCAAUAUUGUGUUUUUUUUUCCUAAACUUUUUUCUUAGUAUAAAAAUAGAACUUUCAAUUAGGGUAGAUGCUGAGUUACAAAGAAGAGGUAUGACUAUCCUCUACACAUUUAUUUUAAUUGUUACUCCUGCUUCUUGAAUAUAAAUUCAUCUUGUAUGGUUCACUGUAAUCUCUAUGGCAGAAAGGGGUGCUGUAGAGAAAAUGAGAGAAAAUAGAAAGUGCCUUUUGUUUUUUUCUAUAGAAGAAAGCUAUAGAACGAUCAUAAACCUAUUAAAAUCGUAAUCUUUCUGCAGACCAUGUUGUUUUAAAUUAGUGUGCUACCAUGGGUUGACUAGUUUCCUGGCUUUUUAGCAUUUAGGCAUUCAUAUUCAUAUUUUUCUCUGCUUGAGCAAGACCUAUUUAAAUAUUUCCAAGUUGUUACAAUGUCAUAUGGAUUAUUUACUUUUUCUACAGUUUUAUCUUAAUAUUUCCAUAAAUAUUUCUUAUGCUUUUUAGAAACUGACUUUGAAUCAAGUAAAAAGAAUAUAACAUCAGUAAUUUUUCCCCAAAUGCAUGAAAUGGUAUGUCAUAUACUCAUCAUCCACAGAUAGCCAUGGUUCUGUGUGUGAACUUACUUAAAACAUUUUUUUAAACUGUUUUCUUUGAUAUAUUAAAAUGGUUCUGCAUGAGGAGUUUUUUCCUUUUACUUUAACUGUUUAUUUUGAAGUAAUUUCAGACUUACAGAAAAGUCUGUGCAAGUGCUUUUAUCAAACUUACCUGAUGAAGGCUUUGUGAAUGAAUUUUGCUGUGAGGAAACAAAUUAGAAGUGCUCAUAGAAAACAAACCGUUUAUGGAAAAUGUUAGAGUUGUUGUACAAAGAAAGUUUGUGCUUUGCAAGACAGCAUAAAGUGGAAAUAAUACGGAGUUUUGAGUUAGAAAGCACUGAGCUCUCAUCACAGCCAUGUGCGUUUAUGUUGUUUCUUUUCUUAUCUUUUCUUGUCCUUUUUUCUUUUUUGGCUGCUAUCAUCAACCAGUUACCUUUUAAAAAAAGAAAUACACACAAAAAUUAAGAGCACAGUCAGUAAGGUGAGGGAUGUAAAGUUUUGUAUGUGAGUUCUGUAUACCCAAAGCACUAUAUUUAGGAUACCCUGUGUACUCAUUAUAGAUAGAAAGAGAUUCUAAUUAAGGCCAGUUUCCACUGAGUCACACUUCAGGUGUUCUAAAGCUUGUAUUUUCUUAGCAGGUUUUAGGAUGUUGUUUUAUUUUGUUUUACUGGGUUCCAAAAAUACAUCAUUUAAACCCAUUUUUAAUACUAAAUAUAGCACAGAUACAGAAGACCACAUUAAACAGUUGAACAGCUUAAUGAAUUAUUUUAAGACAAACACCCUUAAAACCCCUACCAGUGUCAGGAGAUAGAACCUACACCUUCCUCAUAUCCCUUCCUAAACAUCCUUCCGCCCCUCUAACCAACUUCUAUUCUGAUGUUUCUCAUAAAUCACUUCUUUACUUUUAUUUAUUGUUUUAUCACCCAGGAAUGCAUCCCUAAACACUGUGUAUAGUUUAUCUUCUCUUAUUUUUAAUAUGUUUUAAAUCUGUAUUUGUUUAUUUAAAAUUCUUGAAAAGUAUUUUACUUGGAAGUAAUUUCAAACUUACAUAAAAGUUGCAAAGAAUACCCACACACCUGUUACCCAGAUUCACGUAUUAUUAACAUUUUAUCAUUUAAUGUCUACACACAUUUAUUUUUGAACAUUUCUAAGUAAAUUGCAUACAUUGCUCCAUUACCCCUAAAAAUACUUCUGUUCCUGCAUUGGGCUGUUUGGGUAUUGCUACUGCAGAGGGGAUUCCCUUCAUCCUGCCCUUUUAAUACUUUUGUAUCUGUAGAUCUUCAUAUUUCUCUAAGUUCUUCCACCCAAAUUGUCUUUUAAGCCCACCUUGGCCAUUCUCACAGACUAGGCCUUUGAUUUUUUCUCCCCCCUCCUUCUGCUCAACAACAUGAGCGUGGAUCUAGCUUCUCCCCAAAGCCUGCCUUGCCCUGAAACAGACAAUUCUCGUGAGUCUUCACCAAUGCCGGAGAUUUAUGAGGCUGAAAAAAACUAUGCAUCCUUGCAAAUGUCGUCUGCUGAGGUGCACCAGCCAGAGACAGUCUCUCCUCUUCCUUCCUCUGUGGAUCUGCUUAUUCAGGAUAGCCCCGACUCUUCCACCAGUCCCAAAGUAAAACUACCCAUGUCUGGAGGGAAGAGCGCAAGGAGGAAGGAAGAUGAGGGCCAGGUGAAGAAACAGAAGAUCAGAACCGUGUUCUCUCAGACCCAGCUGUGUAUACUCAAUGAUAGAUUUCAAAAACAGAAAUACCUCAGUCUCCAGCAGAUGCAAGAACUUUCCAACAUUCUGAACCUCAGCUACAAACAGGUUAAGACCUGGUUCCAGAACCAGAGAAUGAAACGUAAGAAGUGGCAGAAAAACACCAACUGGUCAAAGAAUGGCAACAGUGUGAUCCAGAAGGGCUCAGCACCUACAGAAUUCCCAGGACUCUACUCUUCCUAUCCCCAAGGUUGCUUGGCGAACACUUCCGGUAACUUCCCCAUGUGGAGCAAUCAGACCUGGAACAGUCCAAUUUGGAGCAGCCAUUCCUGGAGCAGCCAGCACUGGUACACCCAAGCCUGGAAUAAUAACCCAGUCUGGAACAAUCAAUUCCAGAACAGUGGAGAGGAAUCCCUGCAGCUCCAGGUCCAAUUCCAGCAAAAUUCUCCUGCCAGUGAUUUGGAGGCCACCUUGGGAAGUGCUGGGGAAAACCAUAAUGUAAUAGAGCAAGCUGCUAAAUAUUUUAGUACUCUACACACCAUGGAUUUAUUCCCAAAUUACUUCAUGAAUACCCAGCCUGAAGAUGUAUGAAGAUAAGGGUGAAGAUGGGUAUAGACUACAAGCUCAAUCUGGGCAGAGGCUGCAUUACUUCUUUCCUUGCAGAAUUAUUUUGAAAGCUGUGUGUCUGACUUUAUUCAUUGGGUAACUGGGGUGGGUAUAGGUAUGUUAUGAGUCUAAUCAGAGAUUUCAAAGAUUUAAAAAAUUCAGUAGUAAUGGGCCAGAUGACCUUGGCUGUUUUGGACAACAUACAGGAUGAGAUAGAUGUUUGUGACUAUAGAGAAGUAGAUAUAAUAUUAGUUUGGAUAUCUUUAGGAUCUAGCCUCAAGAAUAGGAAGUAAAAGUAUAAAAAUGUGUGAUGGAGUACUCAUUUUAAGGCAUUGGGAGGCUUCACUGACUUGUUAAGCUAUCAUGACCCUGCUUCAUUGAUUUCCUUCAUCCCUUCUUUGUUUGCUACUUCUCGUUUGUUAAUUACUUUACUCUUUGUAGAUAGGUGUUUUGUUUUUGCUGCAUUAUAGUAACAUUUUAGUAGUUUGGUUGAUUUAUAAAUUUUUAAGUACAGAUAAAUAAAAUAUACCCAUUAAAAAAAAAUACUUCUAUGUGUAUUUCCUAAAAAUAAGGAUAUUCUCUUUAGGUAACCAUAGUCAGUUAUCAACUUCAGGAAAUUUAAUAAAAUAUCACACUUUUAUCUGAUCUUGUGUCUGUGUUCAAUUUUAUCAGUUGACCCAGGAAUGCCCAGUACAGCAAACAGAAUCCUGUUUAGGAUCUCAUAUCAGCAUAGUUAAGUCUUUUUAAUCUUUAAUCUGGAACUGUUCCUGAGCCUUUCUUUGACUUUUUGAUAUCAAUAUUUUUGAAGAAUAGAGCGAUACCCACCCUCCUUUGUUUAAAGAAGACCCCUUAUUUUGUGUUUGAUGCUUCUGUAGGAUUAGAUUCAGCUUCUGCUAUAAUGCUAUGUAAGUGGUUAUAUCUCUCUCAAGUUCUCUCAUCCAGAGGUACACAGUGUCCCAUCUGUCCCUCACUGAUGAUGUUGAUUUUGAUCACUUGGUCAAGAUAUUGUCUGCUUCUUCAUUGUAUAUUUACUGUAUUUUUCCCUUGGAAGUAAUAAGCAAUCAAUGGGAAUACACUUUAAUAUGCAAAUAUCCUGUUUUCAUAAAAAUUCCCACCUGUAGGUUUAUUUAGUAUCCAUUGAUGAUUCUUGCCUAAACCAGUCUUUUAUUUUAAUGAUUGCAAAUGGUGAUUUUCUAAUUCUAGCGCUUCUUCCAAAUUAAUACUCAGCAGUUGACAUUCUCCUCUUUUUUAAAAUAGAGACUUUAUUUCCCCAUUUAUCUGUUGACACAGACUCAUGGGUUCCUGUUUUUCCCAAUGUUUACAAUGUACUGUCCUUAAUUAUUUAGGUGCUUAAAUUGUCCCACAUUUGGCCAGUGGGAGCUUCUUAAAGCUGACUCCUGUGUGCUUGUGAUACGACGCCAUCAUUCUAUUUAUUUAUUUAUUUAUUUUGAGGACUUCUUUACUUUCUGGCAUAACAGGAUGGUCCCGGUUCAUCUUGUACCACCCUUGCCACGGUUCUAGAAACGGCUCUUUUUCCAAAAGGCUCUGAUUCCUUUCAGUAGGGAAUGGUAUUAGAAACCCACGAUCUGAGUGUUGGGUAUGCUGCUUGCUGCUUAAUAUAUUCAGAGCCCUUUUAGCAGACAGAGUCAGAAAAACAUAUAUGUAUAUAUACUUAUACAUACACACACACACACACACACACAUAUACAUACAUACAUAUAUACAUAUAUAUGUCAUUUAGAAACCAUGAGUUCACCUAAUACUUCCAAUUCCAGUUUAUCCUCACAGGGUUGUUCCUUGCCCUGGUUCAUUCCCCCAUUCCAUAUUUUUAUGUCCCUAGAACCUGGGUCCCAGCAACUCCCAGCACUUUUACUCAUUCGUUCAGUCUUAUAAUACUUAUCAGAUAGUUUCAGAAUUGCUGUGUCCAUAUGAGUACAAAAAACAAAUUUGUUUAAAAGAAUUCAAGAUUUAU